CCGCUUUGUAUGGACGUGGUGGGGGAUUUUUUUGACAGCGGCAGCGCUGUUGGGAAACAAACAAGGACGUGGGUCGGGGUUGGGGACUAUUUUUUCCCCUCCUCGCUCCUCUCUCGAUCUUGCACCAACCGCUUCUCAUCCCUGCGAGAUUACCGAGGAUAUGGCGGCUUCGGACUCGGCAGUUUAUUGCAAGUCUGAUGAGUGAGAGUGCCGGCAGCCUGCUCCUCCACCGCGAUGGUCGACAUGGAGAGCCACUACCAUCCCCCUUCUCCCCUGGAGGACACGUUGCUGGACAGCCCCCUGUGCGCCGAUGACGACUUCAUGGGCGGCAUGGAGGAGCUCCAGGACAUCUCCCAGUCCAUCGACAACGAUGCCCUCAGCUCUUUCGAUGUCCCUGAAUACCAGUCGUCCAGCAAUGGCUCCGAAGGUUCCACUGUCCUAGAUGCCCUGACGCCAGCAUCCAGCCCCUCAUCAGUCGUUUACGGGCUGGCGGCCGGCCAGGAGGAGUUCUCAUCUUCCUCCUCAUCGCUCAAUCUUGAGUGUCGAGUGUGUGCUGACCGCGCCUCGGGCUACCACUACGGAGUCCACGCCUGCGAGGGCUGCAAGGGUUUUUUCCGGCGGACCAUCCGUCUGAAGCUGGAGUACGACAAGUGCGAGCGCCGCUGCAAGAUCCAAAAGAAGAACCGCAACAAGUGCCAAUACUGCCGCUUCCAGAAGUGCCUGUCAGUGGGCAUGUCCCACAACGCCAUCCGUUUUGGUCGGAUGCCCCAGUCGGAGAAGCUAAAGUUGAAGGCGGAGAUGGUGACGGGGGACAGGGAGGUGGAAGACCCUCAGAUAGCCGACCAGAAGACGCUGGCCAGGCAGAUUUACGAGGCCUACCUCAAGAACUUCAACAUGAACAAGGCCAAGGCUCGAACCAUUCUCACUGGCAAGACCAGCACCCCUCCUUUCGUCAUCCACGACAUGGAGACCCUCCAGCUGGCAGAGCAGACGCUGGUGGCCAAGAUGGUCGGCUCUGCGGGAGUGCUGAAGGACAGGGAGGCAGAGGUUCGGAUUUUCCACUGCUGCCAGUGCACAUCGGUGGAAACCGUCACGGAGCUCACAGAGUUUGCAAAGUCCGUCCCCGGGUUCUCGAGCCUGGACCUCAACGAUCAGGUGACUCUUUUGAAAUAUGGAGUGUACGAGGCUCUCUUCGCCAUGCUCGCCUCCAGUAUGAACAAGGACGGGCUCCUUGUAGCGUACGGCUCGGGCUUCAUCACCCGGGAAUUCCUCAAGAGCCUGCGGCGUCCCUUCAGUGAUAUGAUGGAGCCAAAGUUCCAGUUUGCCAUGAAGUUUAACGCGCUAGAGCUGGACGACAGUGACCUGGCUCUGUUUGUGGCCGCCAUCAUCUGCUGUGGAGACCGACCAGGCCUGGUGAAUGUGGCGCACAUCGAGCGAAUGCAGGAGAGCAUUGUGCAGGUGCUACAGCUCCAUCUGCUGGCCAAUCAUCCAGACGACGUUUUCCUCUUCCCCAAGCUGCUGCAGAAACUGGCUGACCUCCGGCAGCUAGUCACCGAGCACGCACAGCUGGUGCAGGAGAUCAAAAAGACAGAGGACACGUCGCUGCACCCGCUCCUGCAGGAGAUCUACAGAGACAUGUACUGAGGAUUGUGGAUGAAUAACCAGGAGAGGCACUCUGCAAACCAUCUCCUUUUUUCAGGGACAGAAGAAGAAGAAGAGUCCUCCAUAAGCUAGGGUUGAACCACUUAACCCCCCCCUCCCCCCAAUGCAGCAAGAGUUAGCCUUGGUCAGAAAAAGAGGCCCAAGCAAGAAGCUAGUGAUUCUCUUGUUCUGACACAGUGCUCUCCACUCCAUUGUGUGGACCUUCCCAGGCAGAGAAGUCAUGUAUGCAAAGCUGCAAUGUACAGCUGAUUGAGCCCCUGCUUAGGCACCAGUGUAUGCAAUCUCAGACCAAACCUCUCGGAUAAAAACACUAAAUACUAAUUUAAAGUCUGACCUCUGUGUUUAUCCCCAUCCUGACCCUUAACAAACAUGAAGAAAGACAGUGAACUUCAUAGUCGUCACUCCAGCAGUACGUUUGAGAGUACAUUUUUAUACUGAUGUCAAAGAGCAAAGAGCCAUAUACCUUCACAGUUAACAGCACCCAAAUGACUUCAGUGGCAGCAGCAACAUUAAGACAGUAAUGAUACAGUUUUCAAGCAAGGCAGCUUCUGCCAAAUUGGCUACCAAGAAAGGGUGGUUGUCCGUGCACCAGCCCUCCAGCAUGUUUCCUCACCUUUUUAUACCCAGAGACACGACCGUCACCAGGCUCCUGAACGUAAUCAUUUAUUUGUACUGUAAGCCUUCGAAGCCAUACUCUGUUCGUAAAGAUACUGGAAAUGAUCAACAUUUUCUCUCUUCCUAACAAGACAGCAUCAAGACUCGGUAUGGAUGGUCAUCACUUAUUUCUCAGCUUGUACACAAACUAUUCAGGCAGUAGUAUUUUUUACACUUCAGUAUAAAUCAGCAAAAUUUGAAGUUUUUGCAGACUGAAGUGACCGCAGACGCAGAUUCACUGUGUACACGCACCGCAAGCACAGACACGCCUGUGAUAUGUUAAUGAGACACUAUUUUAUAUCGGACCUCUGUUGAAUGCCUUUCUCACAAAACACAUGCACAGACGUUUGGCACUCCAUCCUGUUUUGUGUCCUGGUAUUCAAGGGCUAAGACCAAGAUAAACCGCAUUACGACCUUAAUACGGGCAGACUUAGGGUGGAUUUGCUGGAAAUGAAUUCAUCUGUUUCUUAAUUUCUCACUCACUGAGGCCCUGUUCCUCAAAAUUACAUCUCAUUAUUUUUUUUCUCGCAAUUAGUCAUGCUGUCUCUCUCCUCGCUCUCCUGUCAGUACUUCUGCCUUCUGUUGUGUUUCACGGACUGUGUUCGGUCCCAUUAACACAUGCAGUAGGUUAAGAUUCAGGGGUCUUAUGCACACAUUUUUUUAUGAGAUGGCAAAUGACAAGCAUUUUUUUUUUCUUCAAAGGAGAAAAUCAGAAUGCUACAGCCUCACAGAUUAAACCAAGACUUUGACAAUUAGAGGUUUUUUCAUCAUCAGAAACCCUCAAUUUGAGUGAAAAGGAUUCUGUGUUGGUCAAACGGUCAAACCAAACACAAGCAUGUGGCCAUCUGCACUUACGACAUUUUUCACAAUUACAUAAUUAUAUAGUGAUGGAUGAAGACCAAAUACGUUUCCAUGUGGCAUCAUUUAGAUGUUUUUGUCCGUUAUCUGUUAUGAUGUGAAAAUGCCACUCCUGUAUUUUAUUAUCAUACUGCCUUUUAUAAAAAGAAAGAAAAAAUGAACAUGCGACACAGAAGACCUACAGUAAAGGAAUGCUGAUGAUGAAAACAUGCAUGUCUCAUAGUUUGCGUAAUAUAUAUGUGGAUCUGAGCGAGAAUGCCCCCCUCCCUCCCUCCCACCCCUCCCAUCUGCUUAUCCAACCAAAAUCUAAAAUCAUCAUGAACUGACUGAAAGUCAGUCAUGAGAAAUGGACUUUGUGUUAAUAAUUACAUCCCAUUGUAUAAAUAGAGUGAACUGUACAUAGCUGAAAUGAUCGCACCGACUACCCCGCCCCAACUUUUAACUCUUGAGGUAUACAAGGUACUAUGAUGAUCAACUUUUGUAUUCCUCUGUUUGGUGAAAAAAACAACUUUUAAAUGUUUGAAAUUCUACAGCAAGUGUAGUUAUGUACUGUAUGUUCUAUUUUUUUUUUUUUUUUUUUUGCUUAAAUGCCACAUAAUUGUGUUUUAAUUGUAUUGGAUCAUAUUUUUAUACUAAAGUAUAUAUGUAUGACUAAAUCAGAUCAUUGUUUAUUUGAAAUGGCACAAUUGAAGAGUGCAGUGUAAAUAGAUUAGAGGGUUAAUAAGGCAACUGGUCAUCUGAAUAUCCGUAGAUCUGAAUCCGAUCGGGGACAUUCCUUUUGUUCGUUUGCUGUUUUGUAGAAAGAGAACCAUCACGUCUACAAUAUGCGUUCGGUUUCAUUUCCCCUGUACUUCAUUUAUCUGACAAACCAUGCUCUUAUGAAGCAUACAAGGGCUGUGCAGGGCCAUGGUAGCUCAUAAAACUUGACCUCCAUGAUCUCUGAAUACAAUGAAAACUACACUUAUCAUUUGAAAGGUUGAGCUACUCAGCACUGAUCAUACAAUACUGCUCUCCUCUUUUUAUACUCUCUUCUCAGGUUGCACAUUAAAAAAGAAACGAGUGGGGUAAUUAACAUAUGCACAGAAUUUCAUCAUUAUCAGUUGAACAAACCAACCUUUAUUUUUAUUUUUUUUGUUCACACACCUCCUCUGGUCAAAUAGACACAGUGAAUGCACUCAUAAUGCUAUUUCAGUAAAGAAGAUGCAGUAAUGAAAAUGCAGUAUAUAUUAUUGUAUAAUCCUGUUUUGUCACGCUUCGUGUCUGACUUUUCUCUCCUCACUCGCUGCUAUAUUGUACUAACUCACCUAACAUUUCUUAUGCCAUGAGUAGAUUACGAACUCUUCAAGCUGCCUCUUACAUAUUAUUAUCUUCGCACAGAAUGUCAGUCCCACAUGCAGAAUUCACUGAACGCAGCUCGGGGUUUAUUUUCCGCUCGCAGACUCCUGGGGACUUGGGUGUUCCCUGGUAUGCUUGGGGGAUUAGCCACAAACAAUCUGUGCCUUAGCGUGUGCCCAUGCCAUACAACACGAGAGAUUCAUAAAAAAUAAAAAAAAUAAAUAAAAAACUUGACUUGUGCACACACACACUUUCAGAAUUGUAAACUGUUGGUGUCCUCAGCUAGAUUUAGCUGUUGGCGACACACUAGGGCCACGCAGAGAGGAAAUGAUGUCACAGCAGAUUUAGGAAAAUAUCCUAUGGAAACUACAGUGAGAAAGAGGCUCAAAAGUGCUAUUGAAGCUUCAUUUGACAGUAACAGCGAAGGAUUUGCUUUAAUAAAAGGCAAAAAGCUGAACAGAAAAUGGUUGAAACCCUAGAGCCAGGCCCUGGAGGAGAAGUCAUGUAAAUUUGUGAUGUCUGCUUUCCCUUAGGAAUGUCUGUUUUGUGUUGAAUUGACAAGGGACUUUUUAACUCGUAUCAGGGAAACCUAGUCUUCCUUUGGUGAACUAGCUCAGGACAUAGAAAGGUACUGUUCUUCCUCCUUGCUCUAUCUGUCUCUCUUAUUCCCUCUGGAAUAAGUUUAUUAGUGCUCUGCCUUACAGCACAUAAACACCAACAACAAUAUUGAUUAAUAUUACCUUAAUUUUAUUUUCCAAAACUGACAGAAAAAAAAAAUAUAUAUACUACCAGGGGGGCAGCAGUCAUAAGAAUUAGAUAUUUGAUUGAUUUUUUUUUUUCUUCCUGGAGUUUGUUUUCGUGGAUAUAGUGUCAUGCAAAGAGACAACAGAGACUGUCUUUGGAUGUGUUGUUAAUGUGUACUGUGGCUUGGUAACAAAUACUGUAAAUGUUUGAUGAAUGUAUAUCUAGUCAUUUAAACAAUGAAACAAGUUGACAUUGAAUGGAUUUCAAAAUAAAAUGAUUUUAAAAUCCA